AGUUAUGAAAAUAGUUAUUAAAUGGAUAAUGUAAAUAGUGAAUUUCUAUAAUCACCUGUGUCAUGCACUGAUUAUUGUUGGUGGAAAAGAUACAAAAAUGUUAGCCUGUUCUACAUCAUCGGUAUUACCCACGGGCUUGUGGUUAGCCAGGUGAAGGAUGCAGGUGCGGUGGGCAGCGUGGGCGCUGGCGUGGUGCGCGUGCGCAGCGGCCGCGCCGGCCGAGCCGCGCACGCCGCUGCCCGCCGCCACCGCCGCCGCCGCCGCCGCGCCGCCAGCCCCCGCGCCCGCCGUGCCCGUGUGCGAGCCCCUGCUGCUCAAGAACACGCCGCCCAUGCCAUUAAAUGCUCGUGAGCACGAGGCGGCAGCGGUGCACACAGCACGAGCGCUGGUGGAGCUGGUGCAGCAGGGCGUGGCGGACGAGGACCGCGCCGCAGCGCUGGCCCGCGCCGCCACGCGCGCACCCCUCGGCCCUCCGCCCGCCGCAGUCGCACUAGGAGCCCCGCAGCUGCACCUCGGCGUACUAUUCAUAGCAGAGCCACCAAAACUCGUCGUCUUCCAGCAAAACAAUUCAAUAACUCUACGACAAUUUUGGAGGACAUUGGCUUCUGCAUGGAAUGCGACUACGGCGGUUUGGUCAAACGCUUGGUUUUCAUGUGAGAAGGGCAGCGAGGGCUGGUGGGGCGGCGUGGCAGCAGCUCGUGGUUCAGGGCCGGCGAGAUCAGCUGCAGCGCUGUUUCGGCGUUGGCCCGCCUUGCCUUGUGAAGAAGCUAUGUAUGAUUGGCUGGGUGGACCUCCUUUGUGCGACGCUGCUACGACAGAUUGUGAAGCAACUCCAUCUUUUGGUUCUGGAGAUCGAAGGAUAGAGUAUCGCUGUAAAUGUCAAGCCGGACAUUGGAACGAGGGAGGCAGCGGGUGGCUGAGUGGAGCGACAUUAGCUGCAGACAACUCCGGGCCUCUGACGUGCACGCCCUGUGGCAUGGGAAGUGACUCUACGGCAUGCCUGGCCGAUACCUACCGCGUCGCACUCCUAGCUGCCAACCUCGCUGGCAUGCUGCUCUGUCUUGUAAUCGGACUCAUUAUUUUUAAGAAGAGAAAAUGUAAAGCGGUGGCAAUGGGAAUGUGGACUGUCCUAGAGGUGGUACUUCUUGGAGCAUUUUUAAUGUAUGCCUCAGCCGCAUCGCAGUACAUAUCUGUGGCGAAGUGGCGAUGCAUAGCGGGCGCGUGGCUAAGGGAACUGGGCUUCGUGGCUUGCUAUGGCUCCGUGGUGCUGCGGUUGUGGGUACUCCUGGCCGAGUUCCGGACCAGGAAGGCACAUCGGUGGACACCUAGGGACUCAGAGGUGUUACGCGUGGUGGGUGCGAUGGUAUCUGGCGCGGCGUGUUACCUGGCAGCCUUCACUGCGACGGCGGCGUGUGAGGAGGACGCCAGCGCGGGCUGUGCUCGCGCCGCCUGGCAUCAUGUCACCGCCGGCGCCGAGCUUCUGCUGCUCAUUGCUGGACUCAGAAUCGCAUAUGCUGCGAGAAAUGCCAACGUGCCCUUCCAGGAGCGCGGAUGGCUGGCGGCGGCGCUGUGGACGGAGGGGCUGUGCGGCGUGUGGUGGCGCGGCGUGGCGUGGGGCGCGGCGGGCGCGGCGCCGGAGCGCUGGCCGGUGGCGGCGGCGGCGCGCGCGCACCUCUCCGCCGGCGCCGCGCUCGCCUGCGUGCUGGCGCCCCGCCUCUGGCACGGCUACCGCGCCAGGUCGCUUGCACAGGAGGUAUCUCGUCGUGGCCCGUCGGAGGGUUUCGGCGCGGAAGGCGAGGAGGAGCCGACGUCCGAGGAGGUCCGCGCUGAGCUGAAGCGGUUAUACGUACAGCUGGAGAUACUUCGCAACAAGACGCUGAGGAGAGACAACCCUCACAUCAGCAAGCGGCGCGGUGGCAGGAAACCGCCGCACCGACGGUUCUCAUUGCAGAAAAAGGGCAGUCGUGAAAAGGCGCUGCAGGCUCGGCGCGGCUGCAAGGGCAAGGCGGGCGGCAGCGCGAGCGCCGUGGAGGCGAGCGAGGCGGGCGACGCGUCGCGCACGCCCGAGGACUCGGUGUGCUCGGCCGAGGGGCCCAGCCACUACACCGACGCCGACACGCAGGCGUGAUCCCAGUCCCCGCACUACUCGCGCCUGCAGCACCUGCUGCGCGUCGAGGUCGACACCGUGUGCGGCUUGUAUGCUCCACCCACUAAAUGAAACUACUUCAUAUAUUCCCACGACGAGCGAGAUCCUCAUCUGGGUUAGUGUGAUAUGUAGGUACAUUAGGCUGACCCUACAUUGGGCGUGUGCACUCAUCGACCACUACGAGCGAAAACGCGGCGUCUGCGUCGUCUAGGAACGAAUACGCCCAAUUUGGGGUCAGUCUUAACUGCACUGCACUAGAUUGUUGCUACUCACGUAUUCAACCGAAACUAUGUCUGGUAUCGGUUCCGGUGAAUCUACUGACACGGUAGACAUUUUUGUCCGAAAAAUGGUUGAAUAUUAGUAGGAUAUUAGGGCGAUUUGGCGAUUGUUACGGAUGUAAAAUUAUAUUUUCUAAUGCGAGAGUGGGUCCUAUAGUAAUAAGUUAUGCUAUCAGUAUAUGCCCCACUAUGGAAUCAUUGACAGUAUAUUAUGAAUGUGUAAUACAUACAAUUUAAAUAUAUUUAUUGAUGGUAAAAAGUAUUAUUUUAAUAAAUUGAGCCAUAUUCAACUGAUGGCCAAUGGCUUAGAAUGGUCCAUUAAAAUAGUAUUAAAAAUCAUUAGAUCUGGAAUUGUUAUUUGUAAGACAACAUUAGAUGUUAUGAAAAUUAAUAUUUUUUACGGGAAGUUAUUAAAAUCUUUAUUCAAUUUUAUAAUAUUCACAAUGUAACAAAAUCUGUAGAUCGAGCAUAUUGAAUACUCAAAUGAUUCUAAGAGACAACAGCUCUAUGAAACUGAUCUGCACAAUACAAAUCACUAGUCAUGAACUAUUAAAGUUUUCUAGAGAUAUUAUAGGUUUACAAUAUAAUUUUAUAUUAUCAGGCGGUAUAUGUCAUAUUUUAUUUUGAUGCAGUUAUUAUUUUAAGACAUCGUUUUAGCUCUCUGAGCUCUCUCUCAAAUAAUGUGACUAUACCGCAGGAAGUAUGUAUUUGUUAAGCAAAUCUGUAGGGAGUGUAAGCCUAGGUUCAAUUACAAAUCAAUUUUUAUUAUUCUUAGAAUCGGUGACGUAUAUAAUUAUGUUAUUUUUAAUUUACAGAACCUGACGUUCUAAACAAGCAAAACACGUCUAAACAAUGUACAUAUUUAGAUAAACCGAAAAACAUGACUUUCUGUAUGCAAAAGUCUUAUUUUCAUUUGAUGGAGAACUUACAUAUCACAAACCAAAAACUCAAGUUUAUGAACCUGAAAACGCUAACGUCUGUCACGUACUGACACUGAACGACCGAUGUAAGCGAAAAUAAUUCAAAACCUAAAAUUUUUACCUAUAAUGCUACGUUCACACGCGCGCCGCGCAGCCCGGCGGGCUGCCUGGCGGGCUGCGCGGCGUGCAACCCGUCGCGGGCCCGCGGACAUUCA